GGAAGCGGAGGCAGAAGCAGAGAGGAUUCUGGAAAGGUCUCUUUGUUUUCUUGUCCACAGAGAAUGCAGAAAAUUGUAAUUAAUUUGUAAACCUCUGUGGCUAAACAUCUCAACAGCUGCCUUUGAAGGCGUAUCAUCCUCUAAUCUUUUUGGAUGCGGGGCUUUGUGCUGAGAUUUGUAAUUCUCUUUUUAUCAGGAGAUUCUUAUGCGAGAGGCUAAACGAAAUUAAAUUUGCAGGAUGAAAAGAUGGCACAGGCACUGCUGGUACCCCCAGGACCUGACAGCUUCCGCUAUUUUACUAGAGAAUCUCUCGCUGCUAUUGAAAAACGCUCUGCAGAAGAGAAAGCUAAGAAGGCCAAAAGAGAACUUAAAGAGGACGAUGAUGAGAACAAACCAAAGCCAAAUAGUGACUUGGAAGCAGGAAAAUCUCUCCCAUUUAUUUAUGGAGACAUUCCACCUGGAAUGGUGUCAGAGCCCUUGGAGGACCUUGACCCAUACUAUAUCAAUAAAAAAACUUUUAUAGUAUUGAAUAAAGGAAAGGCAAUCUUUCGAUUCAGUGCCACAUCUGCCUUGUAUAUUUUAACUCCUCUCAACCCUGUUAGAAAAAUUGCUAUUAAGAUUUUGGUACAUUCUUUAUUCAGCAUGCUCAUUAUGUGCACUAUUCUGACCAAUUGUGUAUUUAUGACUAUGAGUAACCCUCCGGACUGGACAAAGAAUGUAGAGUAUACUUUCACAGGAAUUUAUACCUUUGAAUCACUUAUAAAAAUUUUGGCAAGAGGUUUCUGUUUAGAAGGCUUUACUUUCCUCCGUGAUCCAUGGAAUUGGCUGGAUUUCAGUGUCAUUUUGAUGGCGUAUGUAACAGAAUUUGUAAACCUAGGCAAUGUUUCAGCUCUUCGCACUUUCAGAGUAUUGAGAGCUCUGAAAACUAUUUCUGUAAUCCCAGGUUUAAAAACUAUUGUGGGGGCCCUAAUCCAGUCAGUGAAGAAGCUUUCUGAUGUCAUGAUCCUGACUGUGUUUUGUUUGAGUGUAUUUGCUCUCAUUGGGCUGCAGCUGUUCAUGGGCAACCUGAGGAAUAAAUGUUUGCAAUGGCCCCCAGGCAAUUCUACUUUGGAAACAAACAUUACUUCCUACUAUAAUAGUACAACAGAUAUAAAUGGGACAUCUGUUAAUACAACAAUGAGCACAUUUAACUGGAAAGAAUAUAUUGAAGAUAAAAGUCAUUUUUAUUUUUUGGAUGGACAAAAUGAUGCUUUACUUUGUGGAAAUAGUUCAGAUGCAGGUCACUGUCCAGAAGGAUAUAUAUGUGUGAAAGCUGGUAUUAAUCCCAAUUAUGGCUACACUAGCUUUGACACCUUCAGUUGGGCCUUCUUAUCUUUGUUUCGACUAAUGACACAAGAUUACUGGGAAAAUCUUUACCAGCUGACACUACGUGCUGCAGGAAAAACAUACAUGAUAUUUUUUGUUUUGGUGAUUUUCUUGGGCUCAUUCUAUUUGGUGAACUUGAUCCUUGCUGUAGUUGCCAUGGCCUAUGAGGAACAGAAUCAGGCCACUUUGGAAGAAGCAGAGCAGAAGGAGGCCGAGUUUCAACAAAUGCUGGAACAACUUAAGAAGCAACAAGAAGAAGCUCAGGCAGUAGCAGCAGCAUCAGCUGCAUCAAGAGAUUUCAGUGGAAUAGGUGGGCUAGGGGAACUCUUGGAAAGUUCUUCUGAAGCAUCAAAAUUGAGCUCAAAAAGUGCUAAAGAAAGAAGAAAUAGAAGGAAGAAAAGAAAACAGAAGGAACAACCUGGAGGAGUUCAAGGAGAGAGUGAUAAGUUUCCCAAAUCUGAAUCUGAAGACAGUGUGCGAAGAAGUUUCCACAUGUCGAUGGAUGGAAGCAGACUGAAUUAUGAAAAGAGAUUCUCUUCUCCUCACCAGUCUCUGCUGAGCAUCCGUGGCUCCCUGUUUUCCCCAAGGCGUAAUAGCAAAACGAGCAUUUUCAGCUUCAGAGGUCGAGCAAAGGAUGUCGGCUCUGAAAAUGAUUUUGCUGAUGACGAGCACAGCACAUUUGAAGACAAUGAGAGCAGGAGAGAUUCACUCUUUGUGCCGCACAGACAUGGAGAACGACGCCACAGUAACGGCACCACUACAGAGACUGAAGUGAGAAAAAGGCGAUUAAGUUCUUACCAAAUUUCAAUGGAGAUGCUAGAAGAUUCCUCUGGGAGACAGAGAGCUAUGAGUAUAGCCAGCAUAUUAACUAAUACCAUGGAAGAACUUGAAGAAUCCAGACAGAAAUGUCCACCAUGUUGGUAUAGAUUUGCUAAUACUUUCCUCAUCUGGGACUGCUGGGAUCCAUGGUUAAAAGUGAAACACAUUGUUAAUCUGAUUGUGAUGGAUCCAUUUGUUGAUCUUGCCAUCACCAUCUGCAUUGUCUUAAAUACUCUAUUUAUGGCCAUGGAACACUAUCCUAUGACUCAGCAAUUCAACAGUGUUCUGUCUGUAGGAAACCUGGUAUUUACUGGAAUCUUCACAGCCGAAAUGGUUCUCAAGAUAAUUGCCAUGGAUCCAUAUUAUUAUUUCCAAGAGGGUUGGAAUAUCUUUGAUGGCAUUAUUGUCAGCCUUAGUUUAAUGGAGCUCGGACUGGCCAACGUGGAAGGAUUGUCAGUUCUCCGAUCAUUUAGACUGCUCCGGGUUUUCAAAUUGGCAAAAUCUUGGCCAACACUGAAUAUGCUGAUAAAGAUCAUUGGCAACUCAGUAGGGGCUCUGGGAAACCUGACCUUGGUACUGGCCAUCAUUGUCUUCAUUUUUGCUGUGGUCGGCAUGCAGCUCUUUGGCAAGAGCUACAAAGAAUGUGUCUGCAAGAUCAACAGUGAUUGCACACUGCCACGCUGGCACAUGCAUGACUUCUUCCAUUCCUUCCUGAUUGUGUUCCGGGUGCUGUGUGGAGAAUGGAUAGAGACCAUGUGGGACUGUAUGGAGGUGGCAGGCCAAACCAUGUGCCUUAUUGUUUUCAUGUUGGUCAUGGUGAUUGGGAACCUAGUGGUACUGAAUCUGUUUCUGGCCUUGCUGCUGAGCUCAUUUAGUUCAGACAAUCUUGCCGCUACUGAUGAUGAUAAUGAAAUGAACAAUCUCCAGAUUGCUGUGGGGAGAAUGCAGAAGGGGAUAGAUUAUGUGAAAAAAGAAAUACGGGAAUGUGUCCAAAAAACCUUUGUUGGAAAGCCAAAAACUAUAGAAAUCAAAGUCCUUGAAGGCAAUAAGAUAGAAAGCUGCAUUUCCAAUAAUACUCCAGUUGAAAUAAGCAAAGACCUUAAUUAUCUGAAAGAUGGUAAUGGAACUACCAGUGGUGUAGGUACAGGAAGCAGCGUGGAAAAAUAUAUAAUUGAUGAAAAUGAUUACAUGUCAUUCAUAAACAACCCCAGUCUUACUGUAACAGUACCAAUUGCAGUUGGGGAGUCUGAUUUUGAAAAUUUAAAUACUGAAGAUUUCAGCAGUGAGUCAGAACUGGAAGAAAGCAAAGAGAAAUUAAAUGCAUCCAGUUCAUCUGAAGGCAGCACAGUUGAUGUUGCCCCUCCCCGAGAAGGUGAACAAGCAGAAAUUGAACCAGAAGAAGACCUUGAGCCAGAAGCCUGUUUUACUGAAGGGUGUAUCAAGAAGUUCCCAUUUUGUCAAGUAAGUACAGAAGAAGGAAAAGGAAAAAUCUGGUGGAAUCUUAGGAAAACCUGCUACAGCAUUGUUGAACACAACUGGUUCGAGACAUUUAUUGUCUUCAUGAUUUUACUCAGCAGUGGUGCUCUGGCUUUUGAAGACAUUUACAUUGAACAACGAAAGACCAUUAAGACAAUGUUGGAAUAUGCUGACAAGGUCUUCACAUAUAUCUUUAUUCUGGAAAUGCUUCUAAAGUGGGUGGCUUAUGGUUUUCAAACAUAUUUCACUAAUGCCUGGUGCUGGCUGGAUUUCUUGAUUGUGGAUGUAUCAUUGGUUAGCUUGGUAGCCAAUGCUCUAGGCUACUCGGAACUUGGUGCCAUCAAAUCCCUUCGAACUCUAAGAGCUUUAAGACCUUUGAGAGCAUUGUCCCGAUUUGAAGGAAUGAGGGUGGUUGUGAAUGCUUUGGUUGGAGCCAUCCCCUCCAUCAUGAAUGUCCUGUUGGUUUGUCUCAUAUUCUGGCUCAUCUUCAGCAUCAUGGGAGUAAAUUUAUUUGCUGGCAAAUUCUACCACUGUGUUAAUGUUACAACUGAUGCCAUGUUUGAAGUUAAAGAAGUCAACAAUUUUACUGAUUGUCAAGCUCUUGGAGAUCAGGCGAGGUGGAAAAAUGUGAAAGUAAACUUUGAUAAUGUUGGAGCUGGAUACCUUGCCCUGCUUCAAGUGGCCACAUUUAAAGGAUGGAUGGAUAUUAUGUAUGCAGCUGUUGAUUCACGAGAAGUAAAGCAACAACCUGAAUAUGAAGUCAAUUUAUAUAUGUAUUUAUACUUUGUCAUCUUUAUCAUUUUUGGGUCAUUUUUCACCCUGAACCUAUUUAUUGGUGUCAUCAUAGAUAACUUCAAUCAGCAAAAAAAAAAGUUUGGAGGUCAAGACAUCUUUAUGACAGAGGAACAGAAAAAAUAUUAUAAUGCAAUGAAGAAACUAGGAUCGAAGAAACCCCAGAAACCUAUCCCUAGACCAGCAAAUAAAUUCCAGGGCAUGGUCUUUGAUUUUGUAACCAGACAAGUCUUUGAUAUCAGCAUCAUGAUUCUUAUCUGCCUCAAUAUGGUCACAAUGAUGGUGGAGACUGAUGACCAGAGUGAUGAUAUGACUAGCAUUCUCUCCCGGAUUAACCUGGUGUUCAUUGUCCUCUUCACUGGAGAAUGUGUGCUGAAGAUGAUUUCCCUCCGCCAUUACUACUUUACCAUAGGCUGGAACAUUUUUGAUUUUGUGGUGGUCAUCCUUUCCAUUGUGGGUAUGUUUCUAGCCGAAAUGAUAGAAAAAUAUUUCGUGUCCCCUACCCUGUUUCGAGUGAUUCGUCUCGCCAGGAUUGGACGAAUCCUUCGUCUUAUUAAAGGAGCUAAGGGGAUCCGCACCCUGCUCUUUGCUUUGAUGAUGUCCCUCCCUGCUCUAUUUAACAUUGGGCUCCUGCUCUUCCUGGUCAUGUUUAUCUAUGCUAUCUUUGGAAUGUCCAAUUUUGCCUAUGUUAAGAAAGAAUAUGGAAUUGAUGACAUGUUUAAUUUUGAAACUUUUGGCAACAGCAUGAUCUGCCUCUUCCAAAUUACCACAUCAGCUGGUUGGGAUGGUUUGCUUGCACCUAUUCUUAACAGCGGACCACCAGACUGUGACCCAGACACAAUUCACCCUGGAAGCUCAGUCAAAGGAGAUUGUGGUAACCCCUCAGUUGGGAUUUUCUUUUUUGUCAGUUAUAUUAUUAUCUCAUUCCUUGUGGUUGUGAACAUGUACAUUGCUGUUAUCCUGGAGAAUUUCAGUGUUGCAACUGAAGAGAGCGCGGAGCCACUGAGUGAGGAUGACUUUGAGAUGUUCUAUGAGGUUUGGGAGAAGUUUGAUCCUGAUGCUACCCAGUUCAUAGAAUACAGUAAACUCUCUGAUUUUGCAGCUGCCCUGGAUCCACCUCUUCUUAUAGCAAAACCAAACAAAGUCCAACUCAUAGCCAUGGAUCUGCCCAUGGUAAGUGGGGACCGAAUUCACUGCCUUGACAUCUUAUUUGCUUUCACAAAACGUGUUUUGGGUGAAAGUGGGGAGAUGGAUGCUCUCCGAAUACAGAUGGAAGAUCGGUUUAUGGCAUCUAAUCCUUCCAAAGUCUCCUAUGAGCCAAUUACAACUACUUUGAAACGGAAACAAGAAGAGGUUUCUGCUGCUAUCAUUCAACGUAAUUUCAAAUGCUAUCUUUUUAGACAAAGGCUUAAAAAGGUACCAAAUGACUAUAAUAAUGAUAAUGAUAAAGGUAGAGUAGACCUACCUAGUAAAGAACAUUUAAUUAUUGAUAAACUAAAUGGUAACACUACUCCUGAAAAGACAGAUGAAAGUUCCUCUACAACCUCUCCACCUUCAUAUGAUAGUGUAACAAAACCAGAUAAAGAAAAGUUUGAAAUGGACAGACUAGAAAAUGGAAGUAAAGGGAAAGAUGUCAGGGAAAAUAAAAAGUAAAGAAACAAAGAACUCUCUUUGUGAUCAUUGUUUACAGCCUCUGAAGGUGAUGUGUUUGUGUCAACUGGACUCCUUUAGGAGAUCUUAUGCCAAACUGACUGUUUAUUUUUUCAAACAUACCUAAGGUCAGUGCCUCUCACAAGACAAGUGACCCUCUCUAUCACUGUAACUCUGUAAAACAGGGUAACAACACUGACAGGGGUUUUCUGUUUUCACUACCAACUAAUACAGCUGAAGAGAAGAAAGAAAUGGCUACUUAGUCUGUAGGGACCAGUUAAGUUCUGCAAAGUGAUCAAUGUGAUUACAUAAAUACCAAACAGUUUUAGUAAAGUAAUUGUAUUCACUGUAUUUCACAUGCAACAUUUGCCAUUUUUAAAAACAAGAUUUGACCUAGUUAUUUUGUCGUUUUCUUCAUUCACAAGUUAUUCACUACCCUUUGUUUCUCACAUUUUAAAGUUUUAAGAUUAAAAUUUUAGAAAAAUGUUCUACAAUUCUCUCAAUUACAUAGACAGAAGUUAUUUGCUAUCAUGAACAUUACAAUUCUAGUUUAUACCCAGAGAGGGAAAAGAUACAUAAUGUUGACAAUAUUUACAAUGCUUCUAUUUCUUAGAUAGCCCUAAAUCUGGGAGUGUUUCAGCUUGUUGUGUGUAUCUUGUUUUAAACAUUUUGAUGUGCCUGUAAAGUCUCCUCUAAUUUUUUUUAAUGAAUUAUUUUUAUGAAAAUAAUUCUGUUUCAGCAAGUGCAAAUUUCCUUCCAAGUAUCAAAAUCCUAUAUAUUAUUUUGGUUGAAUGUUAUUUUCUAGAAAGCAGAUGAAGGAACCUGUUUCGGCAAAGUAACAGACAAAACAUAUCGCAUGAGAAUAGUUGUUCCACAUUCUCCUGCAGUAUUGCUUAGCCAUCUUCUACUCUCAACAAAGCUGAGAAUUUUUGUCAAUGAAACAGCCUCUGUUAUGUAAAUAGUUAUUUUAUCCUGUGGUGCAUGUUUGAACAAUUAUAUAUGGCCAGAUAAAUAACUUAUGAAUCAAAUAUGUACCACAGUAUGUGUAUUUUUUUUGCAAGCGUGCAGCAACAAAUAUGAUGUAUCCUGUACCAUUCAUUAUACAUAGUUGGGAGGCUCUCACUAACGCAUGUUAAUAUUGCCUGUGCUGCUGCUAUAGCUUCUUACUUCUUCCAUUCUUCAUGUCUAUUCUAGAAAGCCAUAUGUUGGUGGUAAAUCAAAACAAAUAUCAACCAGACCUCUGUCUACUGUCAUGACUAAUAGUUUACAGUCCUUUAACAGCUUCUUCAGUUUUGUUUUUCAAAUUUAAGUGACUAUCAUAUGGUGUCUAUCAAGAUUUUAAGAAAACACCUUGCAGAUUGCCUAUUAUGCUUAAAAAACUUUACUUCAUUUUUUGUUUUUAAAUAUGUUUAAAUAUAAAUAUUGUAAAAUAUUGUUUUAUUUGUCAGCAUUCUGUACAUAAGAAGAUUAUUUUCAGGUUGGUGUCAUGGCAAGUUUAUUUUACUUAUGCUUUCACUUUAAAAAAAAUUAUCAGCUAUAGACUUUUGAAUCCAUAAUACUUUUCAAUGAAGAACUUCUCAAAAAUAAAAGUAAAAGAAAGGGUAUUUGUGGGUUCCUUUGUUUUGAUACAAUAUUUCUAAUCAUUUUACAAUGCAAAGUGCAUUGUUAGGAGAAAAAAGACCAGUUCAUUUGUUUCUAACUAUACUCACUAUCCAUUUUCAUAAUCGUCUUAUCUCUUUCAGUAUUUAUUUACACAGAUAAUUCUUAUUUUCUUUAAUUCAUGCUGCUCUAGACUUGUUGCAGAAAUUAUUUGGGAUCCACACUUUUGAUUCACAAAAGCAAAGUAGCAAAAUUGUAUAAUUACCCAACGUAAAAUAAUUUGUUUUUCUUACACAAGCAAAAUUUUAAUGUAGACUCUUUUUAUAAAGCUAUUGACUUGUAGUAAGUGUAUUGGUGACUUGCAUGCAAGAAAUUGCUAUUCCCUUUAAGAAUGGUGAGAUACAUUAUUAUUGAGCCAAAAGAAUAAAUAUUUCAAUUUUUAUUAUAUUUAA